AUGUGGUGUUUGGUUGAAGCUCUUCCUCUGCUGGUAGUCUUUUCCUUGUUUCUUGAGACUCCCUUGGCCACGCCCUUCGUUCAUCUGGUGUACACCCAGAACAACUCCUGUCUGGAUUUUAAAGCAGUCUCAGCCUGCUUUGGUCCACCAGUCCCCCUAACUGGUCUCAAGGGUUACCUUGUUGAAACGGUGCCUGCGAAUGCUUGUCACCCAAUAAAAGCAGUCCCAGCUUCCAACAGGACUCCGUCUGGCUUCAUUGCCCUCAUCCGCCGAUAUGACUGUCCCUUCAGCCUCAAAGUUUUCCAUGCCCAGGAAGCUGGGUACCGGGCAGCUGUUAUCUACAACUUGUACUCUGAUUUGUUGGUGAGCAUGGCCAUCAAGAUGGAGGAGAGAAGACUGCAGAUUGUUAUUCCAUCACUGUUUAUCGGGGGGACAGCUUCGAAACUUUUGAGAAGGCAAGUUCGUUCAGCAAAGGAUGCCCAGAUUAUGGUUGUGGUGCCACGGGGUUAUUACAAUCACUGCUGGGACAAAACAGGGGCCGCCGUUUGGGAGCCAGCUCUGCAUCACCUUCCAAUUUGGCCAGGUUACUGCACUCAACAACUGUUCCUCAAAUUCCUCCUUAAAUUUGGGGUGCUCAUCAGCCUCAGCAUGGGCACCAGUUUCUUGCUGCUGGCCAGUUGGGAGAAAUGGGGCCAGCGCAGCCAAGGCAUCCGAGUGAAGAUCUUCAAAAGUGGCGACAGGUAUGACCCGUGUGUGAUCUGCAUGGCCGAGUAUGAAGCUGGUGACCUGCUGAGGAUUCUUCCCUGCACCCAUGUCUUUCACACCACCUGUAUCAACACCUGGUUAUUCAUCCAACCCACAGCUGGAAAGACUUGUCCAAUCUGCAAACAGAAGGUUAAUAGCACAAUCUAG